UUGAAGUCCCAGUACUGGCAUCCUAUGGAGUCAGAUAUUCCCGCCGUCGAGAGUGCUAAUGUCUGGGGCUUGGUCAACUUAAAAAAGGGCCAGAAAAGAAGGCAACAGAAGAUCCUUACAGAAAUCAAGAAGUCUGCCAAACCCAUUGAGCCAAUCAAUGAAGUCGAGGACGAAAGAAAAGCCAGGCGGAUCGCUUUUCGCAGUGUUAAGAGAGAGUUAACUCUCUGGAAGGGUCCUGUGCACAAGAACAGGCUAGCCGAUCAGCUGAUCUUUCCGUUAAAUGAUACGGCUCUAACGAUCGCUGGGUCUGAAGAGGCCCAGAAGUUGCGACAAUGUCUGCUUGUUGCGGAGUCCAAAAAACGUGCAGACACUCUGCAGGGAAAGCUAUACUCUUCUCUCUAUGGUGAUACUCCCAGUGUCUCCUUUAAGGAGGAUUACGCUGAUCAAACGAGUCGUGUAAUCCGAAAAAAGCUAUUGGAGCAGAUAGCGAUGCGUCAGAAGGAGCGUUUCCUGACAGCAAGAGCGGCGGCAAAAAACAAACGACAAAACAAAAUAAAAAGCAAAAAUUUUCAUCGUCACCAAAAGGCUCGAUUACUCAAGGAAUACGAGAAAGAAAUGGAGAAGUUGCGCGAUACGGAUCCGCGAAAGUUCGCUGAACGUAUCUUAGAGGCUGAGAAAAAGCGUGCUCAAGAACGUGCCAGUCUACGUCAUCGUGGUGGCAGCAAAUUCGCACGAUUGCAGAAACUGCGUGCUAAAUAUGACACAGAGGCAAGAGAUGCUGUUGCAGAAAUGUAUGAACGUUCGAAAGAGCUCACAAAACGCACGGAGCAGAAUGAUUCCUCCGAAAGUGAGGUCUCUGAUAUUGACUGCAGUUCCGAGUCUGAGAUGGACUCGGACGAAAGUGAAUUCAAUGCGUCAGGUUCCACAGAGGAUGAGGCUGGGGACACUCUGUCUUCCAAACUAUGGUGGCGUCAGGUUCCGGAAAAUGAGAAAUCGAAGCCCGUUAAGCAGCACCGUCCCACAGUCUUGUCGACGCUUGCUGCAGACGCUGUUCUGGACCAAUCUACAAGGUCUACUAUUACCACCGGAGCAAAUCCAGAAGUUCAAUCUGCAGACACAGAAGCGGACGUUUUCGACCCAGAUUCGGACAUGUUCUUCCGUGCGCUUGAAGAAACCUGCGCAACAGACCCCAGCCUUCAGCAACAGUUCCAGGAAGAGAAAGAGAAAGCUAUAGACGAAGAAACCCCCAAAGAUAUCGAUACGUUUCUGCCAGGUUGGAACGCAUGGACUGGUCCUGGGUUAGAAGCUCAAGACGAAGUUCGUCGUAAGAAAAGGAUAAUUCCGGCACCAAAAGUCAAACGUCAGGAUACAGACUUACCUCAUGUGUUGAUCAGACGGCGUGUGAAUAACGAAUUUAGACAACAUCUUGUGAAGUCCAUCCCAUUUCCGUACAAUACACCGGAACAAUUUGAAUCAGUUAUCGCGCAGCCUAUCUCCCGAGAGUGGGUCACAGAGUGCACACAUCGUGAAUUCACACGUCCCAAAAUCACCGUCCAGGCUGGACGGAUUAUUCGACCGAUCACUAAAUCAGCUGCUGUGUUACGCGACAAGGAUGUGGAGCGACUGACCAAACGGACGAAAAAUGUAUGAUUCAUCUUAAGCAAUAUAUUGUACAGUAAUCGUUUUUUUUACCAUUGGCUCAGCAGCUGCUGUUUACCUCUCAUUUCACCUGACUGUUACACCGAAUGAACAGUACGUACGACCUACUUUGUCCCCAAAAGUAGUCAUUCAAAAUUUCUUUGGAUUCUGGCGCACAUGCGCACCGAGGCUCAUGUGUUAUUUGCUGUGGGAAACCUGAUUGAUAGCUCCGCGGUUUGACGUUUUCCACGAUUCGUACGCGUGGAAGACG